GUGGGCCCUGCUCCCUGCAGGCUGAUGGAAAGCAAGAAUUCAGGGUGCUGUGAGGCCCCAAAGAAGCUGGGCCUGUCCUUCUCCAUCGAGGCCAUCCUAAGGAGGAAUGAAGUGGUCAAGCCAGAAGGGACAGGUGGAGAGAGUUUUGGGCACGCAGCAGCUGCAGGUGCCAGGCUGGAGAGGACCGUGCAGGACCAGCCCCCAGAAGAGAGGAAGAGCAAGAGGAGGGUCCGUACCACCUUCACCUCAGAGCAGCUGCAAGAGCUGGAGAGGAUCUUCCACUUCACCCACUACCCAGACGUCCACACCCGCAGCCAGCUGGCAGCCAGGAUCAACCUCCCGGAAGCUCGGGUACAGAUCUGGUUCCAGAAUCAGCGGGCUAAGUGGCGGAAGCAAGAGAAGAUUGGCAGCCUUGGGGCUCCACAGCAGCUGCACAAGGCUGACGUGACCCUGCCCACAAAUCCAGACCUGGUGGGCCCCGUGCUGAUGUCCCCUGCUCUGCACAGGCCAGCUCCUCCCAUGGGGGGUUGUCCACCAGCUCAAAGUCAGCCAGCCUCUGCCUGGUUCCCUGCCUGGAUCACCCUUCUCCCACAGCACCCAUGGGAGACACAGCCUGUCCCAGGUCCUCUCGUCCAACAGACCUGCAUCCCCACGCUAUGCUUCCUUCCACCUCCGCACCCCAAAUGGAGCAGUGUCUGUGCUACUUUGACAUAGGGAUCAGACAUCCUCUCUCCAAAUGAGCCACUCACCAUUCCAGGUGAAGACAGGUGGCAGGAGUCCCCUGGGCC